UGUUUGUGUUACAUUGCAUUAUGCAUUACUGCUCGGAUUAUUAUCAUAACAUAACCUCAUUGAAAUAUGAGAAUAAUAAAAUUAAGCGAUAUAAGUUUUUCAUUAUCAUCAAGGACAGUCAUUUAAGGACAAAUUUAUUAUUAGAUAACGUGUGUUAGUCCUAGGCUAUUGAAGUUCUAUUGAUGUAAUUCCCUUUGUUAUCUUUGUCCUCAGAUUUUAUCUCGCAAUAAAAUGAAACAACCGUUUUUAGGUGUUUUGUCAAGUCUAAGUAAACAAAACAGUUUACUAGCUAGGUGUUCUGUUAGUACGUGGACUCCUUUGGCUACAGCCUUCAAUUCAAGGCCUGGCAGAAUAUUAAACCUAAAUCUAACCAAGGAAGGAACCGGACUUUUUGGCAUACCAGAGCUUCACAGUCAUGAAGGAUUUUACUUGCUCAAGGAAAGAGCAAUUGCAAAGGCCGAUGAACUUGUUGAGGAAACUUGCAACCCUAAUAGAACCCGUAAGAUGGUUAGCAUCUUUGACGAGCUGUCAGACUCUUUGUGUCGGGUGGCGGACUUGGCUGAGUUCAUUCGCAUUGCUCACCCUCGCGGAACCUUCGCACAAGCAGCAGAAGACGCUUGCAUCACCAUCAGUGGAGUUGUCGAGAAGUUGAACACCAACAAACCACUGUACCAAGCACUGCGGGCGGUUGUGGAAGGAGGUGACAAGAUCCCUACCACGGCCAUAGACGAGCAUGUCGCCCGGCUGUUCAUGUUUGAUUUUGAGUUGUGUGGGAUCCACUUGCCUGAAGAUCAGCGCAGGGAGGUUGUGCAACUCAAUGAUUACAUUCUACAGCUGGGGCAGAGGUUCAUGGCCGGUGCUGUAACACCUCGCGCUGUGCCUGCCGAGGUCGUGCCCAAAGACAUCCGUAACUUAUUCAUGAUGGAGGGGGACAAGGUGAUAGUGAACGGUUUGUAUGCAGACUCACCAGAUGAGAGAGCGAGAGAGGCAGCUUACAAGAUCUACUUGUACCCUGACGCUCAGCAGGACUAUCGACUCUCCGAGAUGCUGCAAUCUCGCUACAACUUGGCCUCUGUGUGCGGCUUUCCUACCUUUGCUCACAGAGCCCUCAAGUCCAGUAUUGUGGAAGAGCCGGAGGUGGUAUCCGAGUUCCUAGACACAUUGACAGAACAGUUGCGGCCAAGAGCUCAAGAAGACUUUGACAACAUGACCAAGAUGAAGCUAGAGAACUAUGCUCAGUCGAGGCCACUUGCGGCCUGGGACAUUCCUUACCUAACCAACCAGGCCAAGCGAAAAUGGCUGAAAGCCAACAGCAGCGAGUUCUCUCCGUACUUCUCCCUAGGAGGCUGCAUGGAGGGUCUUAACUCUCUGUUCCAACAGCUGUACGGAAUCAGUCUGCAGACAGAGGAGACACAACCUGGAGAACUUUGGGCCUCUGACGUCUACAAAGUGGCAGUGUCACAUGAAAGUGAGGGGCUAUUGGGCUACAUAUACUGUGAUUUCUACGAGAGAGCUAACAAGCCCAAUCAGGACUGUCACUUCACCAUCCAGGGAGGAAAGAAACUGAGUGACGGAUCAUAUCAGCACCCCAUCGUAGUCCUAAUGUUGAACCUGCCGACGCCCCGUUGGUCCGGACCCAGCCUGUUGACGCCUGCUAUGGUGGACAAUCUAUUCCAUGAGAUGGGCCACGCCAUGCACUCCAUGCUGGCGCGCACUGAGUACCAACACGUUACUGGCACCAGGUGCUCCACAGACUUUGCGGAGGUUCCGUCCAUCCUCAUGGAGUACUUCGCCUCUGAUCCUCGUGUGCUGAAGAGUUUUGCUCGACACUACAUGACCAAAGAACCAAUGCCAGAUGAAAUGCUUCAGAGACUUUGUGCGUCCAAACGAUUGUUCGCUGCUUCGGAAAUGCAGGUACAGGUGUUCUACUCAGCACUGGACCAGAGGUACCAUGGACCACACCCUCUGAAGGGCAAUACUACAGAGAUACUUGCUGAAGUGCAGGCACAGUACUUUGGCAUUCCUUACGUUCCUACCACUGCAUGGCAGUUGAGGUUUUCCCACCUAGUUGGCUACGGAGCCAAGUAUUACGCUUAUCUUCUCAGUCGCGCUGUGGCCUCAUGGAUCUGGCAGUCUAGUUUCAAAGAAGACCCUUUGAGCCGAGCGCAAGGUGAGCGCUAUCGACACCUCUGCCUUGCGCACGGAGGUGGCAAACCUGCACACUCCUUGGUAGCAGACUUCUUACAACGUGAAGUCACUCCCUCCAACCUGGCAAAUGCGCUCAUACAAGACCUUGACUCGCAGAAACUAUCGUUGUAAAUUUAGUUGAUUUUGUUAUUGUAUAUAAAUUGUAAAUUGUUAUUUA